CAUGAAAACUAUUCGUUCUACCGUCACGCCCAUACAAUAUUCUGAUGCAUCAUCGAGUUUUCCGCCGGCGACAAAUUCGAACUUCAAAUUCAUAAUUUGUCGAUACAAUCCACGAUUCCAAUCGGAAAUUCUUUAACAAUAAUGUAUGCACAAAGUAACACUUCCAAUUUCAAAUUAUAAUUUCUACAUUUCAUUCAUAUUUAUAAACAACAAUGUAUGCACAAACACUUCCAAUUUCAAAUUAUAAUACCAAUCCUACAAAACCCUCAUCUUACUUCCACUCUCUAAACCCUAACCCUAACCCACCUCCAAUCCAUUUUACUAAAAAGUUUCAUUGUGUUUUCAAAUUGAAACAUGGGUUUUGCAAUUCAACUAAAAGGGUAUCUGAUUCACCAACCAAUUUGAGGAAACAGGUGGUAUCAGCUGGGAUUGGAAUGGAAGGGUUACAGGGGAAAGAUGAUGAUGAUGAUAAGAAAGAUGAUGGGUUUUAUAUAAGAAGGUGUGUGGAGCUUGCUAAAAAAGCUAUUGGGUGUACUAGCCCUAAUCCUAUGGUUGGUUGUGUUAUUGUUAAAGAUGGGGUGAUUGUUGGUGAAGGGUUUCAUCCCAAAGCUGGUCAACCUCAUGCUGAGGUUUUUGCUUUGAGAGAUGCUGGGGAAUUGGCAGAGAAUGCAACUGCAUAUGUGAGCUUAGAACCAUGUAAUCACUUUGGAAGAACUCCUCCAUGUUCCGAAGCAUUAAUCAAAGCAAAAGUCAAAAGAGUGGUGGUGGGAAUGGUCGAUCCAAACCCGAAUGUAGCAUUAAGGGGUGUUGCCAAACUAAGAGAUGCAGGAAUUGAUGUUACCGUCGGUGUUGAAGAAGAAAUGUGCAAGAAACUUAACGAGGCAUGGAUACAUCAAAUGCAAACUGGGAAUCUCUUUGUUACUUUAAGAUAUACCCUCACUAUCGAUGGUGUCUUCUCAGAUGAUCUUGGGGAAGAAACCAUGGACGCUGGUGGAUACUACUCAAAGUUAUUACAAGAACACGAUGCAGUUAUACUUUCUUCAAAAUCAUUAGCUAAACAUCCACUUCCUGAAUCAAAAGAACCAAAAUCCAACCAACCGCUUUAUGUAAUAAUCGCAAAAGAUCCAAGUCCUGUGAUCCAGAUUCCCAAACAUACCCAUGAAGAGUCGGCUCCUAAACUUAUCAUAUUCACAGACCAAGAAUCUGUUGUGGGAUCUGAACAGGGCAUUGAGACACUUGUUCUGGAUCAAAUGAAGUUAAUGACAAUAUUGGAGAAUUUGAAAGGUCGAGGACUGUGCAGUGUAUUAUUGGAUUUAAGAGGGGGGUAUGGUGACUUUGAUGAGAUCUUGAAGGGGGUUGAAGUAAAGUUGUUGCAGAAGUUGGUGAUGGAAGUCUUGGCUGUCUUGCCAGUUUGGAAUGAAGGCAAAGAAAAUGACACAGCCCAUGAGGCAAUGAAGAUUAGCCACAAAGCAGUUUUGAAGAACUUUACUAAAAGAGAUGGUAUAAAUAUAUUAAUCGAGGCCUACUUCUAAACGAAGCGAUCUCCUUACUCUUAAUGAGUAACUCGAUUACUAGAUUCAUAAUUCACUGGAUAACGAUGGUCUUUUUGUAUAAUGUAAGUGAUGGGUGUGCGAAUUUGAAGAAUGCUGUUAAUUACAAAGGUUAUUAUUACUCA